AUUGAAUUUUACAGUCUUCGUAUGAACGUACGUGAGAAACUUGUAUACAUUUUUCAUUAGUAGAAAAGUGUAUUUAUGGAAAAAUAUCCAAGAUAUAGAAAACAGUAAAUAUAAAAAAAAAUUGUGCAAAAAUAUUAAUAAACGUCAAAUUCUAUAAAUGGAAAAGUUGUAUUUUGUGAAAACAAUGAAGUUUUAAGAAGAGAAGAAGAAAAAUAGAAAAAUAUACAUAGCAAAUUGAAAUGUGUAUUAGUUGAGUGUGAGUGUGUGAAUUAAAAAUAAGAAUAGAGCCACAGAGGUUAAUAACAAUUCUAAAAUAUAUGAAAAAAUAUGUAUGGAGUAAGGCAGUUAUAAAAAUUGGGGAAAAAAUACAUAUUUGGCAAAAGUUUUUUCUGAUAAUGGACGUUGUGGUGCAAGAAGGGUAAGACGGAAAGAAAGAGCUACAUACACGUUGAGAUAGCUACUGGGGAUUUGGAUAAGUGAUUGCUUGAGCGGAAUACGGUUUCGCAAACAAAUUUUACAAUAAACUUUUUUGAGUAAAAAAACUGAUUUCGGAUGUAAUGUAUUGACUGCGUGAAUCAUAGCUUAAGGGCUUUUGGUUAAUGUACAGCACCUUUGAAUACAAAAUUUGUGAAAAUAUUUAUAAUAUGUACAUAAGACCUCCAUGUUGCAAAAACACGAGCCCUACAUUCUCUAUAAAGCACAUAUAUAUAAAUAUAUAAAUGGUACGCUCUUCGCUCAGAUGCAUACAAACAAACUAUAUAAUCCGUCUUGUUAUUAAAACAAUAUAAAUCGACGAUUUAAAAGAAAUAAAAAAAUUGAAUUUUUUUUAUCACAAAUUUGAGUGAGAAAACUUUAUUAAACAAACCCCAACAACGAACGCGCUUUAAUUAUUAAGCACCCUCAGCUUCGAUAGGGAAAUACCUUUGCAAGAGAAAGCGAUAGAGCUGGUGUAGGAUCCACAACAUUUUACAAAAGAAAUACUAAAAAAAUUAGUGCCGAAAAGAAAAUUUUAAAACUUGUGCAUUGCUAAUUAGCUUUACAUUAACAAAUAAUUUAAAAGAAUCAUAUGUUUUGCCGGCCUGGUGAUAAAAAGGAGAACGUUCAGUAAGACAUAUAAUGCCCUUACCAUCUUCGGGCAUAAUUAUAGUGGAGAAACCGUCUUCAGUUUGUACAACUACCGGCAAUAAGACAGUAACGAAAACACUACAGGAAGCACAGCAGCACCGUCAGCAACCACAGCAACAGCAGCAGAAAGUUCAAUAUUAUGAAUAUUAUAAUGUCAAUGAAGUCACAAAAAGACAAAACCAGCAGCAGCAACACCAACUACAUCCAACCAUCCUGGUGGGUGAUUCAAUUUAUCAAUCAAGUCAGGCGCAGCAUCUACAAUUAGGCAGAAAAGUAAACACUUCACGCAGUACCAUUAAUUUACAGAUAAAGGCGAAACCUGUGCCCAUGCAGCAACUACAAACCAAAACUCAGCAAAUCAUACAGCAUACAUCCCAUUCGCAGCCGCAGCACCAACAACAGCAACAGCCAUCUUUUCAACAACAACAUGUGCAACAAGUUCAUUUGGUGCAACAGCAACAACAAUCCCAACAACAGUCCCAGGCUCAGUUGAUUCAAGUUAGUGAAGAAUUUUUGGACCAGGCGGCAGUAGCGGCAGCAGCAGGCGCUCAAAACUCCCCAGCGAAUAUGAUGAUAUCGACUACCGGUGAAGUUAUAAGUCCACAACAGAUUUUUAAAAUUGUUAGCACUGAUGCGGCUUCUGGCAAUGUAAUCAUUGACACCAAUAACCAAAAUCCCAGCAACACUUCCAAAGUGUUGCUAAGCAAUCUGACCGUGUUGUCGAAGCAGGGAACACAGUCCGGCCAUAUAAAUACACAGUCUAACCCUGGUCAAACUAUAAAUUUUGUUAACGCUAAAAAUUUAUUCACGGCCUCUGCCGUUAAUAACAAGCAGCAGAAAUUUACUGUGACCUCUACUGCAAAUAAUAAUACUUUUAAUAAGGCGAGUGGUAGCAAACAGUCAACUGCAACAAAUCUUAAUCCUGCCCAAUAUGCGCAACAACAGGUGGUCACAACGACAUCGCAAAAGCUUAACAUGGCGCCAACACGUAAUUUACAAAUGAUAACCCGUGUGCAAACAGUCGUUCCGGGUUCUGUUAAUAAUGGCGGACAGAUCAGCGGUGGUUCAACAUCUGCCAAUACUCAACCUGCCGUGUUACAACAAUCUCACAAAUUCAUUACAAAUGCCAUAGCGCCCAAGACGACACUUACUGCGACCAGCGGCAAUAUUAUGAAAAAGCCAUCCGGUACUCUUAAAAUGAAUAGCACCAAUUCGAUAGGUACUGCUAGUGGUAAGCUGAUAAGUAAUAUAAUCCAACAACCUUCUCAAACUGUUAAGACCUUUAUCGCCCAAGCACCAUCAUCGCUCAUACAUCAUCAGCAAAAUAUACAACCUAAUGUUGCUGCUAUCGGCGCGAUCAACAACAAAGGUAAAUCGAAAUUUGUAAAGCAAUACAAUAAUGCCAUACUCAACAGUGCCGGCACUGUUGCAAUAGCUACACUACCCCAUCAACAAACACAGCAAGCAAAUACACCUUCUCAACAUCAGCAACCACAACAUCAGCAGCAAGUUCAACAGACGUUCAAUUUGACCGCCAAAGUUCACAAUUCUACGGGUGGUGGAUUUACUAAUAAGUUUGCUAAAAUUAAUAAUAAGUAUUGCAGUCCUAGCGCGGGCGUGAUUUCCCAAUUGCCACCUGGUACCCAAGUCCAGCAAAAAAUUAUACAUCUUAAUCAACAGCAGCAGCAAUACGCAACUAGUAACGGUAAUAUAAAAUUUGUUAAUGCUCAAGGCACCAUUGUACAACAACAUCAAACGAAUGUAACACCCCAAAAACUUAACCAAAAGCAUCAGCAUCAGCAACAAUAUCAAAGUUUCUCUCAAGUGCAGCAACAACAAAAUUACGAAGCGGCUGAUGGUGGAGGUAUGUAUCAUACUCCUAACAGUAACGCAAACAAUCAAAACCAAAAUUAUGCAUCAACAAAUCCUCCAUCAUCACCGAGUGCCACCAGCGUCAGUAGCAACAACAACAACAAUAGCAAUAUCAAUGCUUCAUCUCUUUUGACCGAUGAUGUUAUGAUGGUUAAUGGCACACAAAUGACCGAUGAAUUGUCGGCGCGCAUUCUGCAAAGUAUGUCUCAAAAAUCCUUCAGUAAUCAACGAUAUCAUCAUCAGCAGCAGCAGCAGCAACAACAACAGCAGCAACAACAACAACAACAACAACAAUUAAUGCAGAAGAGCAAUGUUAAUACAAAUAAUAGCGGAAUGUUGCCACCGGCACCGACGCAGUCGCCGCAAACGCAGCACAACAGCUCCAAUAAUAGCUCUAAUGCGAACAUUUUACUAUCGCCACGAGAAUAUGCAUUGUAUCCCGCAGCAACAGCUGUUUCACAAACUUUAACCGUUGCAAACAAUAACAAUCUACAGCAUCAAUUUUCUUCAGCUGGCAUUAUGUGUCAAACAACCGGAAAUGCAUCUGCAAAUUAUAACCCGCCCGCCACUUCAACUUUUGUUACAAUGACUACACACACGGUCUCCGCGCCAACAACAACGAAUGGUGCCUGCAGUCGUCAAGUUCAAAGUGCUCCUGGCUCUCGUUCCCAAUCCAUAGAACGUAAGGUUCAUGAGCCAUCGACCGCGCGCAAAACCUCGGAUUAUUACAAAGUCAACCACCAACAAUCUGGGAAUAAUGGUAGUUUGCGUAGUAGUCAUACCAAUUUAUCAGCGACGGGAAUUAGCAAUUCAGUAUCCAGUGCUUCAACGAUAGUAAUCACACCAACAUCGCUAACCACGCCCUCUAUACCGCCGGCUGUAGCGUUGAGCAUGUUGGAGCCUCAAGCCCAGGUGAUACACUUGCAAGCUACCAAGGCGACGAGUGUAAAUAAUACGUCAAACGAGGAGGAUGAUAUUAUGGGCGAAGAAAUGAGACCGGUACCAAUACAGACGAACGAUGUGCGACUUCAGAUUUUACAUGCAGUGCUCCAAGAUCAUACAUAUGCUAAUCCUAUGCCCAUACCACUCCCCUCAACAUUUUCGGUACAAAAUCCUGGUGGGCACAACACAUCCAACCAUGGUCUAAUAAAUUCUUCAGCCACCGGAACGAGUAUUGUGCAGCAAUGGUCGCUUGGUGGUAUAGCGGCCGUAGCUGCAACAGCUGCAGGCGCGACAGUAGGCCAACAACCAUCAUAUUCUCUUUAUGGCCAGCAAAUACCUCGUCUGCAGCAAGACGAUGACGCUCACUCAGCUAUCAGCAACGGAUCACGAGUUGCUUUAGGUGAUAUUGAUCCGGGUGAAGAAACAGAAACUGCGCCCGAAGCUGAAGCUGAAGAUGAUUCGGUCACGCGUUGCAUUUGCGAUCUCACUCAUGAUGAUGGUUAUAUGAUUUGUUGUGACAAAUGCUGCGCUUGGCAGCAUGUCGACUGCAUGGGGAUCGAUCGUCAAAAUAUACCGGACGAAUACUUGUGUGAAUUGUGUCAGCCAAGAGUGGUUGAUAAAAUUCGAGCUCGUUCUUUACAAUUAAUGAAACGUAAAGAACAAACUCAUAUGAUGUUAACCGCUCAUGCGCAAGCUGUAGCUAGUGGCAACGCUUCUGGUAUAACUAGUACUGGCGUUGGUAAUAGUGGUGGCUUAUCUGGCCUUUUGUCUAACGAUGUGGUAGUCGCUCAACAACGAUUAGCUGCAAGUGGUUCUUAUCAUUUUGCUGGCGUUGACGGCCAUGGGCCUGAUUCGGGAGUCUUACAAAUGUCAACGGGCCCAUUAGCAAGUGCUCAUCAUGUAAAUCUGAAAAAAGGAAACAAGAUGCUGAAAAAAGUCAAAGAUACGGUAGGUAGUGGUAAGAAAUCUAAAAAGGCAGAAAAGUUGGCGGCCAUGGCCGCCGGUGGAUUAACUGCAAAACCGCCGCGGAAGGAAAGUAAGAAAAACGCUAAACGCAAAUCAAAGAAUGGUCUUGACGGAAAUGCAACUGGAAUGACAGCAGCUGAAAAGUAUGCUGCCAAUCUGCGCCAAUGGAUCGAAAAUUAUGAGUUGGCUGUAACGAAUCAUUACUCUCCUGAGUUGAGAGCUCGUCUACAUGCCAUUACCAAGCAACCUACUUUGCUGCAAAGUAUACUCAAUACUGAGAAUGUUGCGCUUAAAGAGUGCAGCGGCAAUAAUUUGGAAAAUCGCGCCACUACAGUGCCACAUGCUGGUGGAAAGAUACUAAUCAGCAAUUUGGAUAUUACGCCUAACUCACCGAUAUGCGAGUUACGAGGUAAAUAUAUGUUAACUACGCAAUAUAAGACGCAAAAUUCGUCAGUAAACAUGAACACGCCACCGCCAAGCAAUCAUCAUUUGGCAAGUUUUAAAGCUCAUAGGACUCCUGGGCCAUUUAUAUUCUUUUACCAGCUGCCAGGAGCAGAAGUGCCGCAACCACCAACCCAAACCACUACAACCACCACGCAAAACCUUGAUGGCACGUAUACGACGACAGCCAUAACAAUACCACCAACACAACCAAGUCUACCAACAUACUAUAAAGGUCCCGAAAUAUGUGUAGAUACACGAACUUAUGGUAAUGAAGCACGUUUCGUUCGUCGUUCUUGCCGCCCUAAUGCCGAAAUACAACAUCUGUUUGAAAAGGGUACUAUACACCUCUUCAUUGUGGCGUUAACCGACAUACGUGCCAGUACGGAAAUAACCGUGCGUCAUGAGCCCCACGAUCUAUAUGCCGUCGAAAAUAAAAAGUCGAAUACAGUGGUCAUACAACCCACUAGCACAUCGUGUGCUUGCGGCUUAAGCAAAGAUUGUAUAUUUGGGCCGCCGUUACCUUUGCUGCCACCGGCGGCAAAAUCCAACGCAAGCCGCAAAGCUAUAACACUCAACGGUGGUGCCUCGAACUCAAACCUCAACCAAACAACGUCUAAACAACGCAAAGCAGCUCAACAAAGUAUUAAUCGCAACCGCUCGACGUCUUCUAGUGGCGAGAGUAAUAUAGGAGGGAGUACUACUGUAAAAAUUGGUCUAAGCAGCCUUUGCGUUGGUAGCAAAAUGAAUGUAAGGGGAAAUAGUAUUGUGCCGUCUCUACCUGUGGGAUCGUCUAUAAGUCAAAGUAAUACUUCUUCUUCAAUGUCAAGUAUUACGCAUGACUCAGGUAUCUGUACCUCGUCGUCAUCUCCUUCAGUUUCCAUACCUUCGCCAACCUCACAUAUGCAUUCGCCUACUCAACCACCAAACCAUCAACAGCAAACAAGGCCUUUGCUGAUGCCUCAACAGCAACAGCAAUUAUUAGCUUCACUUCCCACUCCGAUGCUCUUGUCACCCGAUGUACAAAAUCGGCAUCAAUUAUCACAGCAAUCCCAGCCGCUGGCUCCGGCGGAGACUAGAACAACUUCACGUGUAACGCUCCAUGCUGUACAAACAACAUCAGAAUCAGACUCACAACAGAAUCAAGCGGCUUGUACAUCCUCGCUUCAGCAAUCUGAUAUAUCGCCUCAAUCUUAUCAGCCCGGAGCACAAUCAAGUGCUACUGAGGUGGCUCCGCAAGAGGUUGUGGCGGCAGCUGUCUUACAAACCCUCAAUAGCGCAAUGCAGCCGGUAUCAGCACUAGCAGCAGAUAAUGAUCAACCGCAGCAAUAUGUUAUUAUGCAUACAGAUUCUCAAACCACUCACAAUCCAUCCUGCAGUGAACAGCUGCCCACUGUUAGUGGAUCAUCAAAUGUUUCAACAUCUUCCCAUCAAAAGUCAGCUCAAAAAGCAACUCAACAAACUAAUGGAACAGUUUUAACCAGUGGGCGUAAGGCACCUGCCAAAAAUAGUCGAACCGUUAGUGGUUCAGAGGAUGUAACAACAGACCAACAAAGUGAAAGUGAUAAUGCCGUAACGUUGGCAUCGGUUCCAAACUCAUCAUCAACACCUAAAGAUAAGCCAAAACUAUCAAGAGAAGAUCGAAAGAUGGAGGCCAUAUUACGAGCCAUUGAAAAAAUGGAACGUAAUCAACAAAGAAAACAGGAACAGAAGCAAUCUAAGAAACACAAUUCUUCGGGUAGCAAUAAUACGACGCCUACUUCACCUAAUAAAACUUUCGUAGGUGGAGAAAUGGGAGAUGGUCAUGUUACUAAACGCAGCUCUAAUCAAGGUGGCGCCUCCACGCGUAAAAAGAAACGCAAAACUGCUCAAAAGAGCUCGCUAGGAAAUCAUGGUUCACAAAGAAAGCCGCGUCCAAACCAAAUGAAUAUCCAAGAAUCAUCUGGCGAGAUUAUUGAACGAGAAGUUGCCACUUCAGAAUCUGAAGGACAUUCACUUCAUUCCCCUCCUGUAAAGGCAAUAGCAGGGCAAGAGAGAACGACACAAUCUGUGAGUGCACUUCCUAAUACGCUAGCAACUGGUACAACGGGCACUGAGCAAAUGGCCAAUAAUGUCGAUCAAGCAGCUGGUUUGCUAAUGGCCUUUGCAAAUCCUAGCGGUUGUGAUAAUAAUGCGGCUGUUUCUUCUCAAAUUGUAGAGGAACAUUCUCAGGCACACCAAUCCCCCCAAGAGGAUUAUAUUAUAACUGCGCAAGAUAUUCCUCCGUCUCCACCUACACCCCCAACUGCAGUAAGUAGUGCUUGUUUGCUGAUUGAAGCUGCUGUAGGUCCUUUAGAAAAUCUUGAUCAAAAUACGGAAGUGGCACACUCGGAGUUUAAAUUUCCACUGCAAGCUAAGACGAAAAAGCAUAUGAUGAACAAUUGGCUUCACCAAGCAGAAGAAAAAAAUGUAAAUCAAGAAGCAGAAGAAGAGAAUGCAUCGAUGUCAGAAGAAGAUCAUCAGCGGGUAGCGAAUCUUACGGGAGGUUUGGAUUCGUUAGUUCAAGCGGCUAUGAAUGAUUUCAAAUGCAGCCAAACUUUGACCGAGAGCGAAGAGCCACAAAAUCUUAGUAUCGUCGCCCAAAGAGUAGAAGAAUUUAUACAGCAAACUGAAGCUCCGAGACCGUCAUCUUCACCACUAAUCAGGCAUUCCUAUGAAUACGAACAACAAGACAAUAAUUUGCCAUUACACGAACAUAAAGCUCUGAAUGUUUAUAAUAUUACUACACCAGCGGUUGAUCUUUCCGUAAAAAGCCAUGUGAAUACUUCUUGCCAACCUUUGAUUAAAAUGACAUCAACAUCUGAUCAACCUUCGGUAAGCGGCCAAGUACAGCUGCCACUACCAUUACAGGUAAGCACAUGCAGCAAUAAUUCAUCAGUUAAAAAACGAUGGUUACGUCAAGCCAUUAGUGAAGAAAGUCAUGAAGAAAUUCAUAAUUGUAGUGUGAUGGCACCUUCUCCAACUGCGACAAUGUCGGCGGUGUCAUCCGCAGUAGCAUCUUCUUCAGCUUCGUCCGCUAAUAGUAUUGUCAACGGUUUUACAACACCGCUGAAAAAAAGACGACUCUUAUUGAAUAGUAAGGAUGACAUAGAGGAGAAUACAUCAUCGCUAAGAGGUGUAACAUCCGAUAUUUCGCUAUCUUUAUCUGAAGAUGAAAGAGCUGCGAAUGGUGUAGUUAUAUUAAGGGCAAGGGUUGGCAAUAUGGACAAUAAUAAUUCGGCUUCGGAACCACUUGAAGACAUCGAAGUUGAUGUCGAGCAAUGUGACAUUGAAAAAGUUCACCUGAAAUUAGAACAUCCCAGUGAAGCUGAAGUGGAUACCGAUGUUGAUGUCAUUACAGCGUUGGACAGUGAAAAUAAGCCGAAAGUUAUAAUCGAAUGUGACGGUAAAGAUAAAAAUUUAGAGAGUAAAGAGGAGACAGAAAGUGGUCCUAGAAUAGAAAUACCAGUUGCUGGGGAACUUGGAGAUCAAGAAGAUGAUGUGGAUAUAUUACGGUCUCCCAGUCCAGGUCAAGAAAUGAUUAAGCCUGAAGAUAAUUUGGUAAAAAUAGAGCCAGAAGAUGCAAACGGAAAUGAGGAUGUCAAAAUUGAUGUUGAACGCGAAGAAAGUAUCGCAGCUGAUGAGGAACUAAUUACUGAAAUUUCUGAAAAACACGAAUUAGAGGAAAUUUCUAGGAAACCACAAGCAGAUAUCAAGCUAGAGGUGAUGGCUCAGACCAAAGUCGAACUGGAGGGGAAAAAAAAGAUUGAUAGCCCACAAAGUCCAUGCAAAACUGACUGUAAAGACAACGAAUAUAUAGAGCAAACACCAAUGCUCAAGGAAGAGCAAAAUUUACAAGAAAAAACGCCAGCUAUUAUAAGCGGACACGCAAAAAAAUCCAAAUUGGAAAUGGGUAUGAAAUCUACAAGUUGUGUGAAAACUGAAGUAUUCUUUGAAGAAGAGGAACCGAAAUCUAAGAAACUAAAACUAGAAAUUGAUAUAAAAAUUAAGAAACAUCCCGGGGAUACAGAUUCCGUUAGAAAUAGGGGAACGAUGGAAGCAGAAAUUAAAUCUUCUUACAAAUGCGAUGAAAUUAUCUGCAGUAACAUGGUCGAUGUUAGAGAUAAUUUCAUUAGAGAUUAUGAUUUGGUUCAAAGAAGUAAAUCGCAAGCGCAUCUAGAACAAAUCGUAGAAGAUCAAAAGACAUUGCCAGCAGUUCAAAAUGUGAAUAUCGAAACUGGUGAAACUCAGGUGUUGUCUACGCCAUUAGUAGAAUCUGCUAUGUAUAUGACCGAAGACACAACUACUCCGCCACCUUUACUCCAAGAUCCGGUACAACGUCAUAAAUCUUUAAGUGACGAUGACAUACAAGCACGAUUACAUAAUUUUCACAAGGAAAAUAUAUUAAUUUUACAAUCUCGAAAUAAAAAAAGUAAAUCAUCCUCGUCUGCUGGUGCAACGCUGAAUUCCGCAAAUGAGCAGGGCAAGAAUAAAACUAAUAGUCAUUACGAUGGACGUGAUAUUUGUUCAGAGAAAAUAAUUACCAGCAAACAUAAACCAAUAGGAUCUUCUUUCAACUCUAAUUCAUGCUCCCCAAGCGAAUCUAAGAAAACGAAGACACAUAAGCGGGAGAGAAACUCGAGCAGCAGCAGCAGUACCAGUUAUAAAAAUUCCUUCACAAACAAUACUUGCACGCAAAUUUCACCAUCCUCUUCAAUUUUGUCAACACAUCUGAACCAAUCUAAAAAUAGUACAAUGCAUUUAAUGAAUGCUUCGAUUUCUUCAAAAAAACAUUCGAAGUCUUUAAAAAAAUCUUCCUCUGGAUCUUCAACUUCGUCUUCUUCUUCAUUCUCGUCAGUGAAUUGCAACACAACGGUUAAUAUAGCACUGGAGAAAGAUAAAGAAAAGCGCUAUUCUCAUCAAAGGACGGCCUCAGGUACCACUGGUCCGACCAACACGAAUGCUGGGCCCUACUCGAGUUCUAAGAAGCGCCAAGUUAAUUUUGAGUUAGAGCUAACUAAGGAUUUACAUUUGAUAACUAAUACAUGUGUUAGCAAACACAAACGUGAUUCUAAAGGGUUCAGUGAUGAAUGUGUUAGUCAAAUAUCUGCAAAAAAGCAUCGUCGAGAUUAUGCUUACAGCAAAGAUGAAUUACGUGUUAGUUCGAACCUCUCCAACCAUAGCAGCGGUAAUAAUAAUAAUAAUAAUAAUAAUAAUAAUAAUAACAAACACAAAAGCCUUACUCAAAUUGAAAAAUUAGCCCACAAUAGCAAUGUAACUAUGGAACGAAAAACAUAUACUGCUUCUCCUAGCGGUCAUAACAAAAGUUUUACUUCUUCAACGAAUUCUAGUGUUACGUCUGCCGUAAGCGUUAGCAGUGGUGCACUUUCAGUGGAUGAACCCAAGGUUGUUUCGUCAUCAUCGCUGGCUGUUGUCACUUCUAUAAUCAGGGAGCAUCCUACCUUGCCUCAUUUUAAUAACGCAAUGAUAGCUUCGUCGAAUGCCGGAUCCUCUUUACCGUCUCCAUCCAGAGUGUGCGUCAAUGCAAUCCCACUUCCAACGCCCUCUAAUCCGCAACAAUCACCUGUCAACAUUCCAGAUCAUUUAAACGUCAAUACUUUUAUGACAGCAGUUUCUUCUAUACCUUCAUCACCGCAGGCAUUGCCAUCCCUUCCAGCUAUAUCCUCCGGAUCACUUUCAAAUAACUUGCAAGUUGCGGUUUCAGUGCCUUCAACAGUUGCAACUAUAGCUGCAACCAAUCAUCUACCGUUCUAUAAUACAAUUUACGGCAAACUUUUGGAAAAUCCUUCUAUGCAAACAGGUUUGACUGCAUCUACUCUCGUGUCGAACUCUAUAUCUAGCAAUAGCGCCCUUAUGGCACAUGGUGGCGCUGUUGGUGGCCUUUCUGAAUAUUUAGAUACCAAAUUAAAAAGCUAUAAUACUUUAGGUGGAUAUGUUUCUCAUACCGCAUUGUUUGGAUUAAAUAAUGGUAACAAUAGCAAUAGUGGCAGCAGUACAGGCAGCAGCGCUAAGGAAUCUAAUUCCGGUCAAGCAUCUGCAUCAUCGUCAACCAUUAAUUCGGCGGCUUGUUCGGAAAUAUCUGCUCUUUCCUCGUUGAAUGCAAGCGCGACGCCUUUAAAAAUUCUUACUAAGACCGCCAGUCACGAUCCUCGUUUGAAUCCACAUCUUACAGCGCCCGAGCCACCACCAGCGCCUAAACGCAAGCUAUCCAUAAAUGAAUAUCGUAAACGUAUGCAACAAUCGACCAGCUCCACUAACAUUCUUUAUAAUGAUAGCAAUAGUAACGGUAUGACUCCUCCCAGUACAGCACUCGGAACUUUGAAUCAAUCUCAGAUUCAUCAUACUACUAGCUUUCUGGAGCGUUCCAUACAGAGUAAAUGUACCCUCAACUCACCGGAGCGAAUCGCACAAUCGGUGGAUUCCCAAAUCGAAAAGGAAAUAAUGUCUUCUACGGGAACUCAUGUGUUAGAUGCUCUAAACAGUAGUUCUUCAACUGCUAGCAAUAACAGCAGUCUAAGUGAUUCUCUCACUAAAAGCAUUUCUGUAAUUUUUAUAGAAGAGGAUACCACAAAGGGACAAUUUAAUGCUGCCCCCACGUUACUUGAAAAGCAACAGGAAAAUUUGUGCGCCCGUCUUAAGUCCCUCAAAGAGAGACAAUCUUUGAACUCUGCAACUGGGAGUAGAGUGCGUUUUUCUUCGCUAGGUGAGACCAGUAACGAUUACGGUUUAAAGCCAGAUGAAGACAAUUUAAAUCGUAAACGCAAUCACAGCAUAUCAAGUGCGGGAGAUUUGUUAGAUAACUGCCUAGAGGAAAUAUCAUCAACUUCGACGUCGUUAUCUUCGUCAAGGGAACCAAGCCCAGAGCGUAUCAUUUCAACAACGAGCAGCAAAAUAUUGACACCAACAUCGGCAGUCAUUAUCGGCGCGAGUAAUAACAGUUCCAUAGCUAACAUCGGACGCAACGUUAAGCAAGCCGAUGGCAGCUCGACAAAUUGAGCGAUAAAAUGCAUUGUAUGCGUGAAAACUGAAAGAAAUGCUUUUUGUUAUCCAAAAAAAAAAAAACUUAUGUAUACGCCGUCUUAUCUCAAGUUUAGGUAUUUACGGAAAGUGGAUGUAAAUGAUUUUAUUGUUUCUUCUAAUGCCAACAUGAAUGCAGCACUUAUUAUUAUUUAAGUGAGAUGAUACUAUGAAAACAAACGCAAAAAUAGUUAAACGAAUUAAAAUGCAAAAUUAUAAUUUAUAGGAUUUAAUAUAUAAUUUAUAAUCUCCUUUUCUUGUUAGUAGUAUUAACCUUAUUUUGCCUUCACUACACAUGUUAUGUACAUGGAAAACUACAUACAUCUCUUACCGUAUUUUAGGCUUUUUAUUUAUUUAUUUUUCAUCAGUAUACUCCCCCCCUCUCCUCUCUUCAUUAUUAUAUGUCCAUUUUUUUCGAUUACUUUUGUUUUCUCUGAAAUUUUCAUUUUCGUUAAUCAUAUUCUAUUUUAGCUUUUUUU